CUUUUCUCUCUUCACAAGAAUUUCAAACAGAAACAAAUAAACCAAGAACAAGAAAACAAGGGAUGAUAGUCCACUUGGUAAUAACUUAGAAUUUAAACAGAUUGUGUGUGUAUAUGACGAGAUAAUGUUGGGGUCUUUUCUCUCUCAACUCUUGUCCAAGUUCUUGUCUGUGUAAAUUCGACCUGUUUCAACUCUUCUCUUUCCUUCUCUCUUUCUUUCUCCCUUUGAUUGAUACAUAUAUACACAUAGAACAGCGUAUAGAUAGAUACAUAUUUAUACUUAUAAACAUAUAUAUAUAUAUAUAUAUAUUUAUGUACAGAUAGGUAUAUAGAUAAUUUUGCUCUGUUUUUGUGUACUUCCGUUUGAGGAAAAAAUGCCAGCUUGGUGGGGUAAAAUAUCUGGGAGGAGCAAAGAUUCUGAAACUUCUGCGAAGGGUUCAUCAGUGAAGAAUGAAAAGAAGAGGGUGAAAGAAAGCGACAAUAAAGCCAGGAGCUUUGAUGAGGUUUUAUUGCAGCAGCAGCCGAGGAACUCGCCAAGAAAUAGCCGAGAUUUUUCUGCUGCAGGAAGAGAAUUGGGAGGUGGGAAUUCAUCUGGGUUUUCAGGGUUUGAUUCGGCGUCGUCGUUAGAUAGAGGGCACCCCUUGCCUAGGCCUUUGGAGCCAUCAAAUGAUCAUGUUCAUGGGGUCGGGUCCGGAUCCGGGUCGGGCUCCGUUUCGAGCGACAGCUCAUCUGGGUCCUCCGAUGAUCCUAACCAUGUCGCCGUUGAUCAUGCUGCUUAUAGAGGGCAUGGGGAGAACAGAUCAAGUCCUUUGCUACGAAGCCCAGGUCGAGGAUUGAAGUGUACUACGACGGCAACGUCUCCCCUUCAUGCACGACUUAGUGGUAUUAAUUUGGACUCUCCAGCUGCAAAAUUGGAGGAUGGGAGGAGUGAAUGUCAUAAACUGCCACUUCCACCUGGUUCUCCAGCUAGUCCUUCUGCAUUACCGACUCCAAGAAGUCCUGGGAUAACUGAAAGCUCAUGUAGUAAUUCUUCAAAAUGGAGGAAAGGGAGGCUUCUAGGAAGAGGCACUUUUGGCCAUGUUUACCUUGGCUUUAACAGUGAGAAUGGGCAAAUGUGUGCAAUAAAAGAAGUUAAGGUUGUUUCAGAUGAUCAAUCAUCGAAAGAAAGUCUCAAGCAACUGAACCAGGAGAUGGCCUUGCUAAGUCAGCUUUCGCAUGCAAACAUUGUUCAAUACUAUGGAAGUGAUUUGACUGAAGAUAGGCUAUCACUUUACUUGGAGUAUGUCUCUGGGGGUUCCAUCCACAAAUUACUUCAAGAGUAUGGGCCUUUCGGGGAACCCGUUAUACAAAAUUACACCCGGCAGAUUCUCUCUGGUCUAGCGUACUUACACGGACGCAAUACAGUGCACAGAGAUAUCAAAGGAGCAAACAUUUUAGUAGAUCCCAAUGGUGAAAUAAAACUUGCUGAUUUCGGCAUGGCAAAACAUAUAGCUUCCUGUUCUUCAAUGCUAUCAUUCAAAGGAAGCCCUUAUUGGAUGGCCCCAGAGGUGGUCAUGAAUACAAAUGGCUACAGCCUUCCUGUGGAUAUCUGGAGCUUAGGUUGCACAGUUCUUGAAAUGGCAACGUCAAAGCCACCUUGGAGCCAAUUUGAAGGGGUUGCUGCUAUAUUUAAAAUUGGGAACAGCAAAGAUAUUCCCGAGAUUCCCGAACACCUAUCUGCUGAUGCAAAAAGUUUUAUACGGCUAUGCUUGCAGCGGGAACCAUCUGCAAGGCCCACGGCAGCCCAACUACUCACUCACCCUUUUGUUAGAAACCAAACGACAGCACGAGCAACCAAUGUCAAUAUAACACGAGAAGCAUUUCCUCGUGCAUUUGAUGGAAGCCGCACUCCGACUGCUCUGGAGAUGCACUCGAGCAGAAUGCACAACAGUUCUUCCGAUAGAGACGAAGCUUCAAGGUUAACAGUACCAAGGACCUUAAUAAGCCCCAGAGACAACACAAGAACAAUAACAUCAUUGCCGGUAUCACCCUCCUCUAGCCCGUUACGACACGACGGAGCAGCACACAGGAGUUUCUUUCUCUCUCCACCACACCCUUCUUAUACUUCAGUCGGGCAAGGUAAUCAUAACUACAGUGAUCACUCGGUGUUUCCUUCAAGGCCCAACUCAAGAAGCUCGUUUGAUCCGUGGCUCGAAAUCCCACAAUUUAGAUCUCAAACACCUGUUAGACCCCCUACAAGAACCAUCCUAUAGUACCUCCGAAAGGAGCCAAAAGUUUCCAAUCCCUCGGACGCCUGUUCUCUCAACAAUUGCACGCCCAGAUGAAUCAAUAAACCACUACUCGUGCAAGCAUUCAAGAUACUCGAUCACCUGCUUCAUGAAAGCGACCGACUUGGAUUCAGCUACGACAAUCCAAGAGUGGCAUCGGUUUGCACAGGAGUGAUCAUAAGGUAAGGGAAUAUUGCGUCGAGUUGGACAGAUUCAUUGUAUUGGUACCUUACUAUGUUGUGAUGACCGACGAUGGCUAUACCAGAGACUGAGAGCUUCUGCUUUAUGCUAGUGGAGUGUUGAUCAAGAAUCGGUAAGCAGGGAGUUUCAAGUAAAUUAUUUGGUAGUUGCCAGCUUCUCUUUGCUUGUUAGCUUUCUGCUAUUUGAUUAAUAUGGAUAAGAAAAAAUGCAUUCGAACUCCCAAUUAGUGCAAAAAUAUGCUUCAAAUUGA